AUACUUGGUGCAGCAGGUGGCAUAGGGCAGCCGUUGGCUUUGCUUAUGAAGUUAAACCCACUAAUCUCAUCCCUCUCCCUCUAUGACAUAGCCAACACUCCUGGAGUUGCUGCUGAUGUUAGCCACAUCAAUUCUCGUGCUCAGGUCCAUAACUCUUGCUAGCUAUAUGCUUAUAUAUCAUCGAGUUUAUUGGCCAAAUUCAACUAAUGGGUCUGUUUCAAGUCUUCAUGUUGCACAACCAGGGAAAACAAAUGCAAAGUAUUAGAUUCAAGUAGCCGUGUCCUACACUAGACACUUGGACAUAGGUAUGGAAAACAAUCAAAAUACAUGAAAAAAUGAAAGAGGUUCUUAAAAGAAUAGCUGCGUCCAACAUAAGUAUGCAUGUCGGACACGCACCUAUGUCGGAUAUGUAUCCCGAGUCCGAGCAACAUAGAGAACAUCUGUGAAGUGAAUCAACUCAGUUACAUUCCUCAAUGGUUUAUUUUCUUUUGCCUUCCUUUCAUUUUUGCUUUUGGCUUGCGGGGUGGUUUGUUGUUGUCUUGUCAGGUUGCGGGGUAUGCUGGGGAAGAACAACUAGGGGAAGCAUUAGACGGAUCAGAUAUCGUGAUUAUUCCAGCAGGUGUUCCAAGAAAACCCGGAAUGACUCGUGAUGAUCUCUUCAAAAUCAAUGCAGGAAUUGUCAAAUCUUUAUGCACAGCCAUCGCAAAAUACUGCCCUAAUGCUCUGGUUAAUAUGAUAAGCAAUCCAGUGAAUUCUACUGUCCCGAUAGCUGCUGAAGUUUUCAAGAAGGCAGGGACAUUUGACGAGAGGAAGCUGUUUGGUGUGACAACGCUUGAUGUAGUCAGAGCUAAAACUUUCUAUGCUGGGAAGGUUAAAGUUCCCGUGGCUGAGGUUAAUGUGCCAGUAGUUGGUGGGCAUGCUGGCAUAACCAUCCUCCCUCUUUUCUCUCAGGCCGCUCCCAAAUCCAGUAAUUUAUCAGAUGAUGACAUAAAGGCUCUCACAAAGCGAACACAGGAUGGAGGAACUGAGGUUGUGGAAGCGAAGGCUGGAAAGGGAUCAGCAACACUUUCCAUGGCCUACGCUGGAGCUGUCUUUGCUGAUGCUUGCUUAAAGGGGCUCAAUGGAGUUCCAGAUAUUGUUGAAUGCUCCUUUGUGCAAUCAAGCAUCACUGAUUUGCCUUUCUUUGCCUCUAAGGUAAGGCUAGGAAAGAAUGGCGUGGAGGAAGUCUUUGGAUUGGGUCCUCUUUCAGACUAUGAACAACAGGGUCUUGAAAGCCUCAAGCCGGAGCUUAAAGCUUCUAUAGAGAAGGGAGUUGAGUUUGCCAACCAAAAUUAAUUGGACAAGUUAUGCAAGAUUUUGGAAUCAUAUUUUGGAACAGUAUAGUCACUGUUUUCCCAGCAUAUCAGCUAAUAUAAUUGCAAGACAAACCUAAAUUAUAAAGAAAUCCAAUAAAGGUGUCUGUAGCUUGGUAAGUAUUGGCAUCGUCCUUGCUAUAAUCUAGCUGUUCAAACAUUUGUGAUUCGUGGAGGUUAUCUUUCCAUCCUAUGCUUCUGACCAUUGAGGUAUUAAACAAUGUUUAUUUUGUAUUUAUAAUUUUUUAUUAAGUGAGAGUAAUUUUUAUUUUAUAAAAUAUAAUUUAUAAAUAUAUCUUGUUAAUUUUUAAG